AUGGUGGCUAAGGAUUUCAGGCUAAGUAGUUUCUUUGAUUCAAUAUAUAAUGCAUCACUUCCUGAAAAUAAUAAAAGUGAUAAAUAUUUAGAUAAAUUUGAUGGGGUUUCAACAGAUGCUAUAGAUAUCUUAUUACAUGCUGGUAUAACAAUUUCACAAAGGCAUCUUGAUAGAGAGAAGGCAGCUAUUACUGAUAAUCAUCUCAUUGAUGCAAUAGCUAUUCCACAAGUUAAACCAGAUGAUAUAUCAAUUCAUAAUCCAAAACUAAUUGAUUUUGAAAUUAUAUGUACUUUUUUAGAUCACUACUAUAUGAGACAAAUGGCUAAAAUGUUUAAUGACCAGUUUUAUUAUAAAAUAUCCUUGGAUAAGAAGCUUGAAAAUAUGACUUUUCACAAAUACAAUGAUCACAUAAAAGAAUGA